AUGCUUCUCCCGUCGGCGCUCUCGUGCGACUCGGCGCAGUCGCCGCAUUCGCGCCUUCAGACGGCGCUCCUCGCAUCGCCGCCCGCCAGCCCUCCGACCGUGUCGUCGCAAACCGCCCUCGGCAACAUCAUGACCACCUGCCGCUCCCUCCAGUCCCUCCUCGGGCCGCCGCUGCCAGCCUCCACUCCGGCGCCGUCGCUGGCGCAGCUGCCCACGCCGCCGCUCGCCCACGCGCCGCCGCCCAUGAAGCUGCGCCUGCGCGCGCGCCCGGCCUUGACGAGGACCGGCGACGACCCUAAUACCAAUACCAAUGCCAUCGUCACGCGCAGGCGCGUUGUUAAGCGUAGCGCACCCUCGAGGGGCGUCAAUAAGCGCCGUCGUGCAGACGACGACGACAUGGGCCGCCACGACCUCAGCUCCGACGACGAUAGCGACGUCGAGCCUUCCUCGUCGCAACUCCGCGACGAGCACGAGGAACACGACCAGCUUGCGCCUCCGUCAACGCCCAAGCGCGCGCGUAUCGCGCCCGAACAGCUGCCCCUCGGCCUCGAGCGGUCCGACUUUCACGACGUGCACCUGCUCAACGUCGGCGCUGGCGGCGAUGCGACGGCGCACCAGGCGCCAGGCACCGAGCUGGAGCGUGAGGUAGAUGGCGAGGAGUGGAGCGCCGAGGACGACCGCGUGCUCGUCGAGCUCGUCCUCGACAAGCUGAAGCUGUCCAAGACGGAGUGGCAGGACUGCGCGCGCAGCCUGGGUCGCGACCGCGGUGCUGUGGGCCGCCGUUGGAAGAGCCUCAUGAUGAAGGGCGAGGUCGGCCUCAAGACGAGGGGUAGUCGCCGGACCAAGCUGCACGGCACCUGGCGGUAG